AAUCCUUUAAAAACACACAUGGCAGAUCACAGCUGACAUAAGAAUCACUUUUUGACUUUAAUUAUCAAAUAAUUUCUGGAAUAUUUCGUUGAUAACUGCAGUACUCAAAAUGUGAAUUAUUUUAGAAUAUUCUCUAAACACUGGAAAGCGGUAGGAUCUUUUAUAAUGGAUAUCGAAAAUAAUAAUGCAAAAAUGGAGUUAAAUUCAAGAGAUGAAGUCCCAUGGAACAGUGUCUUUAUUAAAUCUGAGCCUACCGAGUAUGAUUUGGAUGGCGAAGAUAAUUCCAACGAAGCAGAGAACAAAGUGAACAGUCCCUCUAAUAACAUCAAAAAAGAAAUUUCAAUAACUGAAGACCACACUUUGAAAUCACCUACAAUCAAACUUGAAAAACUGAACUGGUGUAAUCUAUGUAGAAAAGAAUUCGAGACCGCUGAUAGUUUAAAAGUUCAUAUGAAAACCCACAGAAAAGGUAAAUCCAUGGUUAAACCCUUCGCUUGUGACAUCUGCUCCAAAGUUUAUUCGAGGAAACGUUACCUAAUUAAUCAUAUGAAGACAUGCGAAGGAUCGAUGAUCCUCAAAUGUGAUCAUUGUGAUCAACAGUUUCUUAGGUCAUGUGCUCUUGUAAAUCAUAAGCGUAGUCAUAUUGGACAGCCCUUGGAUAUUAAGGAAAAAUACGCUACAUACAAUGCAACGAAAUUGAAUUUACCUGGUAAAGAAUCCGACAACAAGGAUAAUAAGCCUUUUCCUUGUGACAUUUGCUCCAAGCGCUUUGUGAAAAGGUCUUAUCUAAACUUACACAGAAAGAGACACUGGUUUGCGAGGCCAAUUCCAUGUGACAUUUGCGGAAAAAGAUUUAUAACAAAGUUUGAGCUUAUUAAUCAUAUGAGGACUCACACUGGAGAAAGGCCUUUCAAGUGCGACGUUUGUAAAGCAAAAUUUUCUAUCAAAGAAAACUUGAGACGGCACGUAAUUGCUCAUAUGAAAAAUGAAGGACCUUAUGUGUGUUCAGUAUGUUCAAAAGGUUUUUCGUCAGCCUACCUUUUGAAAAAUCAUAUACCAACUCACUCAGAGCGUAAGCCGUUACAGUGUCCUAUUUGCGAAUACGGAUUCAUAAGACGAACCGAAUUAGCGUCGCACAUGCUCUUCCACGAAAACGAAAAAUCUUUCGAGUGUGAGGUUUGCUUGAAAACUUUUAUAACGAUUACCUUUCUGAAGCAGCAUAGAAAAAUUCAUUUAGAGAGAAUGCCGUACACGUGUGGAAUUUGUGAGAGAAGAUUUAUCAAGAAACAGGUCUUCAAUAUGCAUAUGCGUUUUCAUGAUGGAAAAAUGCCUUUCGAGUGUGACUAUUGUAAGCGAAAAUUCGCUCACCGUCACAGGAUGGAAGAUCACGUAAUUUCGCACAGUGGUGAUGAUGGAAUCUUCAAGUGUGAAAUUUGUGCAGCAGGUUUUUCGGUGCCCAAGAUUUUAAAGCGACACCUCCGAUUACAUAUAAGUUUUAAGCCUUUCGAAUGUCAACAAUGCAAGAAGAAUUUUUCAAAAAAGGCCGAUUUAGCGGAACACUUGCUCCAGCACGAGAACAGCCGACCUUUUGUUUGUGAAGUUUGCUGCAAAUCUUUUACGAGAAAGUUUUAUCUACGCUUACACAAGAAAAGACAUUUGCAAGAUUCCUUUAAGCCCAGAGGGCCCUUUCUGCCUAAAGGGAACUUUCUGCCUAAAGAGCCCAUUCAGAAUAUGCUUCCUGAAAAAAACCCGCCUACGCAACAGGUGGAUACUUCUGUGCUUAGUCAAACUGAAAAGAAACCUUUAAUAUGUGAAAUCUGUACUAAAAAAUUUCCAGAUAGUUACAGGAUGAAAUUGCACAUGGUUGCUCAUACGGGAGAUGGCGGACCGCACAAGUGCUCAGUUUGUGGAAAAGGUUUUUCGAUACCCUAUGUUUUACAAAUUCACAUGCAAGGCCACAAAAACAAAAAACCCGAUGACCGUGUAAAAAGGCCUUUUGAGUGCAAUGUUUGUAAGAAAAGAUUUAGGUUUGACAAGAAUUUAAAAUCUCACAAGAUGAUUCAUAUAAAAGCUGAACCCAAAAACAGUCCUGACGAAAAGACAGGAUUCGAGAAAUCUGUUUCUCGCUCGGUGCGUUUAAAGUCUGCAAUUAAACGUGAAGUCCAGGAUGAAAAGGAUAACGAUAGGGAGGGAGGAAAAAUAAAAUUAAAAAAAACGUCUGAAAGUGGGAACUUUAUCUUCCAAUCUGUGAAAUCGGAACCAUUAGAUCCAUUAGAAAUAGACGGCGAAGAGAUCAAGAUAAAAACUGAAAAAAAUUUGUUAUCAAAACACGAAGAAGAUUCAUGGAACAGCGUUUUUAUCAAAUCUGAGGCUCCAGCAUAUAAUUCAGUUGACGAAAAGGAAAAGUUGAAAGGACAACAGAACGUGUUAAACAAUAUGCCUACCAAAGACCACAAGAAUUUUCCAAAACAAAAAGUAGAUGCUUUGAAAUUACCUAUAAAAAAAAUACAAAAUCUUCAUUGGUGCAGCCUUUGUGAAAAAGAAUUCAAAACAGACCAAAAAUUGAGGGACCACAUACAUAUUUGCAGUCCGAGUCUCGAAAGUGGUCAUACAACUCCUACCGACCGAAAACAUUACAAAUCCAACAAGCCUUUUAAAAUACAAUACAAACUUCAGAAGCACGUAAACUCGGUUCACUUAAAAAAUAAAUCCUUUGAAUGCGAUAUUUGCAAAAAAACGUUUACGAAUCACUCUAAUAUGAAAAUUCACAUAAUUGCCCAUAUGCAAGGCAGAAAACCUUACAAGUGUCCAGUUUGUGCAAAAGUUUUUGUCAGGUCAUAUAGUUUAAAGGAACACUUGAAAACUCACACAGACAUUCAACCUUUCGUGUGUGAAAUUUGUAGAGAUGGUUUUGUAAGAGAGAAUGAUUUAAAGACACAUUUGCAUAUUCACGAAAACAAAAAACGUUCUAUAGAGGUCACUAAGAAAUCAAUCCUUUCAAAAAGAAAACGUGUUGUUUGUGAUGUUUGUUCGAGUACUUUCAUAUCACAAUCUCAUCUAGACAAGCAUAAAAGUAUUCAUUCCGCCAAAAAACUCUACCAAUGUAAAACCUGUGGAAAUAAAUUUAGCAAUAUAACUAAACUUAAUAUUCAUAUACGUUGUCACACUGGAAAGAAGCCUUUCGAGUGCGACAUCUGUAACAAGAAAUUCACAAAUCGUCGUAAUAUGAAAUUACAUAUAGUUGCUCAUAUGACUGGUCCACGUCACAAAUGUCCGGUUUGUGCUCAAGGUUUUGUGAGAUCCGACGGUUUAGUUGUACAUAUGCGAAAACACACGAAAAGUAAACCCUUUGAAUGUGAAUUUUGCAAGAAAGGGUUUUUAAGAAAUACAGAUUUAAUUGCACAUCGGUUCAUCCAUACGAACACAAAACCUUUUGUUUGUGACGUUUGUUCUAAAGGUUAUCUACGGCUGUCCAAUCUGACUGUUCACAAAAGGACACACUUGGAUGAAAUGCCUCACAAAUGUAAAACCUGCAAAAAAAGGUUUAUCAGAAUACAUGAUCUUAAUCUUCACAUGCGCGUCCACACUGGAGAAAAGCCUUUCAAGUGUGAUAUUUGUAAGAAAAAAUUUGCAAAUCGUCGUUUUAUGAAAGUGCACGUACUUGCUCACAUGGAAGAUGACGAGCCGUACAAGUGUGGAGUUUGUGAGGAAGGUUUUGUAACUUCGGACACUUUAGAGCUCCACAUGCAAACCCAUCGAGGAUGCAAAUCCUUUGAGUUGCCCAACAAGUGUGAAACAUGUGAAGAAAGGUUUAGAACGACAAAUCAACUUCAUAUUCAUAUGCGCACUCACAUUAGAGGAAAUUUUGAGUGCGAUAUUUGUAAAAAGAAUCUGAAAUAUGCCGAAUCUUUAAAAUUGCACAAAAUGUCGCAUAUGAAACCUAGUAAACGUACAAAUAUGAAAAUAAGUCAGCAGAAAAUAGAUUUCGAAACGGUCUUUUUGAAUGCUCAUGUGGAGAAUAGUAACUCGAAGUGUCAUAAGACAAAUCUGAAUAGAAUGAAGAAGUGUGAAAAUCCUACUUUAUUACCUGUAAAAAACGAAUUUAGCGAAGGAGUAGAUUUAAGUUGUGACAUAGAAUUUGAAGAUUUUGAAUCAAAUGACCUAGACUACGCAUUUGAAGGUAUCAUAAUUAAAUCUGAGCCUCCUGAGUACGCUACAGUUGAUGAAGCCAAGUGCGAAGAAGACAAUAAGUUACAAACUCUCUCUAGUAAAGUGAGCGACGAUACAUCUAUAUUUAAAUUACCUCCAAUACCUAAAAAAAAGAACUGGUGUGAUCUCUGUAAAAAAGAAUACAAAAAUCGCGACAGUCUGAAAAGACACAUAAGGAGACACAUUGCAAAGCAAAAGGCUGCAAGCGAAAAUAUUGUAGGCAAACAUAUUGUAGGUAACAAAAUUGGGGGGAAACUUUUCUGCUGCAACGUUUGCAAUAAUGGUUUUGAAACAGAAGUCGAGCUUGAUAUGCAUAUAAAAGGGCACUCAAGAUACACGCCUUUCGAGUGCGAUUACUGUAGAAAAAAAUUCACAAACCGUCAGAGCAUGAAAUUGCACAUAAUUGCUCAUAUGGCAGGUGGUGGGCCUUACAAGUGCGAGGUUUGUGCAAAAGCUUUUGUCAGGUCCUACAGUUUAAAGAUACAUCUGCGAUUUCACUCAGAAGAUAAACCCUAUGAAUGUAAUAUUUGCAAGCAGGGCUUUAUAAGAAAAAAUGACCAUCAUGCACACAUGUUAAUUCACGAAAACAAAAAACCUUUUGUUUGUGAUAUUUGCAACAAGGCUUUUCUAAGGAUGUCUUACCUAAAUAAUCAUAAAAAGAUACAUUUAGUAGACAAACCCCAUGCUUGUAAAGUAUGUGGUAAACGAUUCAUUAGGAUACAUGAUCUCACUAUUCAUAUGCGGUACCAUACUGGCGAAAAGCGCUUCGAGUGUGAUAUUUGCAACAAAAAUUUCAAGAAAUAUCAAACAAUGAAAGUGCACAUAUACUCUCAUAUGGGAUUUGACCAAAGGCACAAAUGUCCAAUUUGUCCAAAAGAAUUUUCAAGGUCCAACUAUUUAAAAGAGCAUUUACAAGGACACUCGGGAAACAGACCAUACGAGUGCGAAUUUUGCAAGAAGACUUUUGUCAAAAGGUACAGUUUAAAUUCACAUGUGCUUAUCCAUCAAAAGACAAAAGAUUUCAUUUGUGAGAUUUGCAACAAAGGUUUUACAAAGUCGUAUUAUCUAAAGUCUCAUAAAAGAGUGCAUGGGGGGCAACAGAUCGAGAAGCCUUUCCAAUGUGAAUUGUGUAAAAAAGCAUUUACUUGUGCAAGUAAGCUAAAGACUCAUAUCCGUAGUCACACUGGGGAAAAACCCUACGAGUGCGCUCUAUGUAAAAAAAGAUUCAAGUACUGUCAUAGUUUUAAGUCGCACCAAAGGUCACAUGAAAAUCCUACAACAUCUCCAAAUGUCGAGAGAAAUUGCGAAGAUGCAAUGUUUCGCACGGUUUAUUUGAACAGUAAUAAUGGUGGGAAGGAAGGCGAUCCGAGUGUAGUUGAAAUUGUACCAAUCACUGUCCGGAACAUCGAUCUUAGGAAUGCAGUACAAACAAACGAGGACAGUACUAUGCAGGUUCAAGAGGAGUCAAGUCUUGAAAAAGCGACUGACUCUGGAAACAAUCUUAGUAAUAAAGUGCAAAAAAAAGAGCAGGUUGAAGAAAAGAAGAGUCUUGAAAAAGCGACUGAUUCUGGAAACUCGAGUAUAAUUUCUGUGAAAACCGAACCUAGUGAGAGAAUAGAUGCACCUUUCGAAAUAGAAGUUGAAGAUGUAAAGUUUUCAUCAAGCCACAAGAAUGACAUCUGCACCGACGUCAUAAUAAAAUCUGAGCCUCCAGAACAAGAAUCAGUAGACAUAAAAGAAAAUUUGAUACGAGAUCUUAGUGAGCUAUCAAAUAAUAAUCAGGAAAAUGGACCUCCAAAGAAUGACGCAAAUAAUUCAGAACCUUCUGAAAUAAAACUUGAAAAGCUACACUGGUGUGAAAAAUGUCAACAAGAAUUCAAAAACGCUCAAAGCCUGAGCAACCACAAGCGCAUCCACGCUAAAAAGAAACGCAAAAUAUCCCGUAAAAAAAAUCCCGUUCCUGAAAAGUGCCCAGUUUGUGCCAAAGAAUUUACGAAUCCUAACAGUUUAAAAGUGCAUAUUUUUCGACACCACUCAGAAGGAAAGGCCUUUGAAUGUAAAGUCUGUAAAAAGUGCUUCCCACUGAAGUAUGAUCUAGAUGCCCACAUGUACAUGCAUACUACAAAAAAGGCCUUUGUUUGUGAUGUUUGUUCCAAAGCCUUUCGCAGGUUGUCCUAUCUCAAUAAUCAUAAAAAAACACACCUGGAGAAAAGACCCUACGCGUGUAAAAUCUGUAGUAAACGGUUUAUGAAACCAUAUCUUCUGAAUAUUCACGUACGCUAUCACACGGGAGAAACGCCUUUCGAGUGCGACAUUUGUAAAAAAAAAUUUACGAACCGCAAUACUGUGAGGAUGCAUAUAGCAACUCAUAUUGAAGGUGGUGGACCGCACAAGUGUUCAGUUUGUGAAAAAGGCUUUGUGAGAAAGUGUCGUUUAAAAAUCCACAUGCAAAUCCACUCAGGAGUUAAGCCCUACGUAUGUAAAGUUUGCAAGAAAGCAUUUACAAGAAAGGAUUCUUUAACGGCACAUAUGGUUAUGCACGAAAGAGUAGAAUCCUUUGGUUGUGAGAUUUGCUUCAAAGAGUUUCCUAAAAUGGCAACUCUGAAAAUACAUAAGAGUAUGAUGCACUCGGAUAAGCCGAUCGAUUGUGAAAAAUGUGGGAAAAGCUUUAGCAAUAGAAGAAAGCUUACGCGUCAUAUGAGUUCUCACAAUGGGGAGACUUCCGAGUGCGAUGUUUGUAAAAAAAAUUUCAAAAAUCCACGUAGUUUAAAAGUUCAUAAAAGAAUACAUAAAGCUAAGGAAGAUCUUCUACAAGAUGGUUUUGAAACGGUUUAUUUAGAACGCGGGAAUAAUGAAGAUAAUGUGCCUAAUCAUAUUUCCUUGAAUGAGGUGGAUGUAGUUAGUUCUGUGAAGACGGAAAUUACGAGUGAAAUAGAAGACAAAAGAGAUAGUAUUUUAUCAUAUGGGAAAAAUAAAUUUGAUGUUACUUCAGAUUUAGGUUUCGAAAUAGAUAUUGAAGAUGUUAAGAUAGAAGUUCAAGAGGUGUAAAUAAAAAAGGGAAAUUAAAAUUUUAUACAUCAAAUUGCAAAAUAUGAUUGAAUCAUAACUUGAAUAAUAUCAGUAGAAAUAAAAUUUAUUUUUUUGUUUACGAGAAAUAAGAAUUAUUUACAAAAUAUUGUGUAGAUAUAUUACAAAAUCUAUUACGCGUAUCUGAAAUAUGUACAUAUUUACUAUAGUAUAUUCAAAGAAAAUAUUAAUUAUAGGUAUAUAACAGGGAGAGUACAUUUAUUUGCGAACUUUAUUGGAAGAAUGUUGAUUUUGCUAUUGCAUUAUUAAUGUAUUAAGAUAAUUUUAGAAUUUUUUCCCUAGAUUUUUCCCACGGAUUAAAUAUGCCGCAAAAAACUUUCGGUACAAAUAGAGCUGGAAAAGCGGCUAUUUGUAGGGUAUUUCGGUAUAAACAGCCAAAUUUAUUGGUACGUGUAGAAACUUCCUUUAACAAAUUAUUAUUUAUCAUAUUAUAUUAAAUUUUAUUAGCAUUUAUUUAAAAAAAAAAUAAUUGUCUUGCAUUUUUUUAAAUCGUGUACCAUCAUUAUUUGAAAAUUUGUGACUGCAUUAAUUUUGACCCACGAGAAGAAUCUAGGGGGAAAUAUCUUUAAAAAUCAGAAAAUACUAUGGAGAUUAGUUUUCAAAUGAACUCAAGAACUUUCAAAAAUGUUAAUUAUUUCACAAGUUACAAUUUUUCGAAAAAAUCGAAUUUUAAUGUUUUUUUUUUUCAUAUAUUCUUUUUAUCACAUUAUUUUGCCUUCCAUUUGGGCUUCUGCGACACAAAAUUCCGUUGCCUUUCAUACUUUUAUAAGGAAAAAAAAUCAUGUUUAUAUUAUAGAAAUUAAGACACAAAAAAUGGAAAGAUCGUUGAUAAUAAGCGGAUACAAAUGUAUUAGGUAUAUUACAUCUUAAUGAUGCAACCUCCUCUUAUUAAAAACUUUAGUUUGUAAUAAAUUUAGAUCGAAAUUUUUAUUGGGAAAAAUUUGUAAUUAUCAAAAUUAUCUAAAUUUUAAACACCCAAUUAUAAAAUGGUUAUAUUUAUAGGACACAGAAAAUUUCAUUUUCUAAUCACUAUACUUGUUAAGAGAAUUGUUCAAUUUUAAAAACAUACAUUUGGAAAUGUUGAACGUUAAUGUAAUGAGAGCUGUGAGUAAUAAAUUUU